AUGAAGUUUAAAAAUAUUACCUUAGCCCAAGCUGCUGCUCAAGCUUUAACGUUACACACUUAUUUCACUCAUGCUGCUUUUCAACCAGUGGCCUUAAGAGAUGAGCUCAUUUUCAAGACAAAUUACAUCAAGUCAGAGGGUUCAAAUGAGAAUUUAAAAUCUGAGCAAAAAGAAGAAGAAGAAACCAACAAUAAUACUGAGAAAAUAGCUGGUACACAACCUGCUCAAAAUAAUGAAAACGUCAGCAAUUUGAAUGAAGAUACUGGUAUUCAGUGUCCAAUUUACAAGAAAUUUGAUUCACAAUUGAAAUCAAUUAUUUCAGAGUCAGAGUUCCAAAAAAUAAAAGAAGCUUUAGAGUCAAUUGACAUAGAAAAUGUGGAUACUAAUGAACUAAAAUCAAUUUCUGAAAUUUCCGAAUUGAUUGAAAAAAUUCAAAAAUCUCAUACAACACCAGGACUUCAAAAAAUUACUAGUGAUUUGAUUCAACAGAAACUUUUCAAAGGAUUACAAAAAAAUGAUCCAUAUUUCAAAGUAUUGAGCUCAUUAUUGUCAUCACUAGAUUCACCAAAUACACCAGAACCAGAUCAGGACAAUGAAACAAAUGUAUUACAAAAAAGAAAUGAAGAAGAAGGUCAUUCUUUCACUUUCCCCAAUGAAGAUGAUGAUUUAGGUGAAGCUUUUGCUGCUAAAGUUAGAAUUUUAUGUGGAUUUAAUCCAGAGCUUGAGAAUAUGAUUUGUAAACUUGGAGGUCCUUAUUGUCUUGCUUAUUAUUUGAUUAUUAUAGUUUAUUUAUCAAUAUUAUUUUGGAGACAUAGAAAAGAAUACUAUCCAGAUCCACCUGCUGAUGAUACUGCGUCAAAAUUAGAUGGUGCAAUAUUAGUACCAAAAGAAGAAUUAUACAAAAUUGGUCAAAACUAUGUUCCAUCUAGUGAAGCAACCCACUCAAAAGAUGAAGAUUAUAGCUAUGGUAUUGGUGGUAUUGAUGGGAAUAAACUCUUGUCACUUUUCGGUAAAUCAUUUGGUUAUCAUGAAAGAUUGAGAGCUUCAUACCAAGCAAACUUGAAAGAAUAUACUAAGUUAGUUAAAUUUCAAAGAAAUAAGAUGGAGAGUGAAUCUGAAAACAAUGAAGAUAUCACUGAUGAAAUGGUUCAUAAAGAAUUAACUAAAGGCAUUGACUGUAUUGAAUUUCGUAAUUUUGAUCUUUUAUGUGCUGCACAAAAUAAAGAAAAUUGUGGAAAAUCAUUUUUAAAUUAUAAUGUUGCAAUGUUUACCAAAGAUGGUCAAAGAAUGUUUGCGUUAGACCCUCUAUCAGGUGGGGAUUACAAAGAUCUUUACAUUAGUAUAAUUUUGGGAUUAAAUGAUAGACCAUCUAUGAGACAAACAGCUAUAAACUCAGGAGAUUCCAAUGCUGAAUCUACAAUGUUUCGUCAACAUACAGUUAUGUUUUUGAAUUUUGGUGAUUCUAAAGAAGUUGAAUUUGAAGAUGAUGUUGAUUUCUUAAAUGUUGAUAAUGUUUUCAACGAUUUGACCUAUGAAAAUUCUCUAGGUGAUUUAUUAGGUGAAAAAUAUUCAUAUUGUGGUAAAGAUUCAGGUGUUAAUGAUGGAAGUGUAUCAAAAUUCUCAAGUUUAUCGGAUUUCGUGAACUCAAUGCGUUUCAGUGUUUCGUUUGAAAAACCUAGUCCACCACCAACAUGCUGA